AACCAGCCCAAGUUUUAAAGGGCAGAGUUGUAAAAACUCCCAGGCUGUGGGGAGUUCGCUUGCAAGCCUGUAAAUCGGAAUUCCACUUUACCCCCACGGAAGAAAACCGCCUGGAUCAUUAUAAAGACACAACGAAGGCGACGUCAUUUUGUAUCUCCUUUAGAAAGUAACGCUAGAGGCUGUGCGAGAAUAACGCCUGCUGGACCGGACUCUGGCCACUGAAGGAAAAGGCUGCUGGACAUUUACAUGAUCCUAAACCCGACCCUGUUGCAGAAAGGAUAUUCAUUUUGGCAACAAGCACACAGAGUUUUAUUUCAUUACACUGAUCACUGCUGCCGUGGAGGUUUUUUUUGACGACGCUCUGAAAAAUAAACUCUGUGACGGGAAAAAAAAGAAUCACCUCGCCUCUGAAGCAGCUAUGCAGCUUGAAAUUCAAGUAGCACUCAACUUUAUUAUUUCCUAUUUAUACAACAAACUCCCUCGACGACGUGUGAACAUCUUCGGCGAAGAGCUCGAGAGGCAGCUGAAGAAGAAAUAUGAAGGCCACUGGUACCCGGAUAAGCCAUACAAAGGUUCGGGGUUCAGGUGCAUCCAUGUAGGGGAGAAGGUGGACCCCGUGGUGGAGCAGGCAGCCAAAGAGAGCGGGCUGGACAUCGAGGACGUCCGGAAUAAUCUCCCUCAGGACCUUAGCGUGUGGAUCGACCCGUUUGAGGUGUCCUACCAGAUUGGGGAGAAGGGGCCGGUCAAGGUGCUUUACGUGGACGAUAACAAUGAGAACGGGUCGGAGCUGGACAAGGAGAUCAAGAACAGCUUUAACCCCGAGGCCCAGGUCUUCAUGCCAAUCAGCGACCCCGUCGGGGCGUCCUCAGAGUCCAGCUCACCCUCGCCUCCUUUCGGGCAGUCUGCCGCCGUGAGCCCCUCCUUCAUGCCGCGCUCCACCCAACCCUUAACCUUCACCACUGCUACCUUCGCUGCCACCAAAUUCGGCUCCACAAAGAUGAAGAGCAGCGGCCGCGGCAACAACAACAACAACAACACAAACGGUGGCAGUAGCAGCAAGGUGGCCCGCACCUCCCCCACCAGUAACUUGGGUCUGAAUGUCAACACCCUACUGAAGCAGAAAGCCAUCUCCACCUCCAUGCACUCACUGUACGGGCUGGGCCUGGGUCAGCAGCAGCAGAAGGCCUCCGCUCUCUCCCCUAACGCCAAGGAGUUUGUGUUCCCCAGCCUCCAGGGUCAGGCCAGCCCCGGAGCCGUGUUCCCCGGGGAGGGCUCCCUGGGUCUCGGCGCCCUGCAGUACAACAAUGCCUUUGACGUGUUUGCGGCCUACGGAAGCCUCAACGACAAGUCCCUUAUGGACGGGCUCAGCUUCAGUCUGAGUAACAUGCAGUAUUCUAACCAGCAAUUCCAGCCGGUCAUGGCUAACUAAACUCAUCAUUAACGAUGUUAUUUAUGAAUGAUGGUGGCUCAAAGAGAAGGAAAAACAAAACGCACACUUAGAAAAAAAUGGACUUUCAAGGAUAUAGUGUCUAGUCCGUCAAGCGCAUGUGCCCAAGGGUGUUUUACUGGGCCCCCUUGAGUUUGUUUCUACUUAAAGCUUGUACAAACACAUCCAAGCUCAGUUACUUCAAUUCAACAUGCAUCGUUGUUUUUCUUUCCUUUUUGCCAACCAAGCACAAAUUUUUUUACAAUGUUGAGAAAAUACUCCAAAAAAAAACAUUAAAAAAAUGAAAAAAUACAAGCUUCAAGUUUUGGCCUCCUACAGUAUUUUACAGGUGGUAAGACAAGGCUGAUUUUUAUGAAUUGGCACUACUAAGUGGGGUUACUUGGUCUUUUUCUAAUUGUAUAAUUUAAUUUAGUACAGAGUUUGUAAGAUAUCAGAGUAUAUAUUGUUUCUAUGACAUGGUGUUGCAUUUAUAUCUUUUUACUACUCCAGUGAUCUGUGAUGGCUGCAGCAGCUUUUCCUUAUUUUUUCUUUUUUUAAAAAGAUAAUUGUUAAAAGAAACCCAUCUUUAAAAAGAAGUACAUCAAAUAUUCUAAAAAUUGUGUACAGAGUAUUCCUUAGUGGUGGGAUUCAAGUGUAGGAAUAUUUGCUUUUUCUGAAAGAUGAAUUGUAUUUUCUGUUAAGAGGUUAAAAAGAUUUUGCUAUACAAUGGGGAAAAAAAAAAAAAUGUAAUCGUAUGAAUAUUAAUUUUGUACCUACAUUGUGCAAUACUUGAUAAAAAAAAAAUACGGUAUAACAAAGUAUUUUGAGUCAGUGUCUUACAUGUCAAGAGGGACUGAAAUAGUUUAUAUUGUUAAGUUUGUAUUAAAUGCUUAAAAAUGAUAUGCUUGUCUUUAUUUUUUUUAAUUUCAUAUUUGCACCCUGGUCUUUUUAAUAAAAUAAACUCCAGUUGAACAUGA